AUGAGAGAAAUUAUUCAUAUAUCCGCAGGUCAAUGUGGUAAUCAAAUUGGUGCUGCCUUUUGGGAAACUAUCUGUGGUGAACACGGUUUAGAUAAUAACGGUAACUAUCAUGGUACUUCUCAUCUUCAAAGAGAUAGAUUAGGCGUUUACUUCAAUGAAGCAUCUUCAGGAAAAUGGGUACCAAGAUCUAUUAAUGUCGAUUUGGAACCAGGUACCAUUGACGCGGUACGUAAUUCUAAUAUCGGUAAUUUAUUUAGACCUGAUAACUAUAUUUAUGGUCAAUCUUCUGCAGGGAAUGUUUGGGCUAAAGGUCAUUACACUGAAGGUGCAGAAUUGGUCGAUACUGUCAUGGAUGUCAUUAGAAGAGAAGCUGAAGGUUGUGACUCUUUACAAGGUUUCCAAAUCACUCAUUCCUUAGGUGGGGGUACAGGUUCAGGUAUGGGUACUUUAUUGAUUUCAAGAAUUAGAGAAGAAUUCCCAGAUAGAAUGAUGGCUACUUUCUCUGUCUUACCUUCUCCAAAGACUUCUGAUACUGUCGUGGAACCUUAUAAUGCAACUCUUUCCGUACAUCAGUUGAUUGAUCAUUCAGAUGAAACUUUCUGUAUCGAUAACGAAGCCCUAUAUAAUAUUUGUCAAAGAACUUUGAAAUUGAAUCAACCUUCUUAUGGUGAUUUGAAUAAUUUGGUAUCAAGUGUUAUGUCUGGUGUCACCACUUCGUUACGUUUCCCAGGUCAAUUGAACUCAGAUUUAAGAAAAUUAGCUGUCAAUUUGGUUCCUUUCCCAAGAUUACAUUUCUUCAUGGUUGGCUACGCUCCUUUAACUGCUAUCGGAUCUCAAUCAUUUAGAUCGUUAACUGUCCCUGAAUUGACUCAACAAAUGUUUGAUUCUAAGAAUAUGAUGGCUGCUUCUGAUCCAAGACAAGGUAGAUAUUUGACUGUGGCUGCUUUCUUUAGAGGUAACGUCUCAGUUAAAGAAGUAGAAGAUGAAAUGCAUAAAGUUCAAACUAGAAACUCAGAUUAUUUCGUAGAAUGGAUUCCAAAUAAUGUGCAGACUGCCGUAUGUUCUGUAGCUCCUCAAGGGUUAGACAUGGCUGCUACUUUUAUUGGUAACUCCACCUCGAUCCAAGAAUUGUUCAAGAGAGUCGGUAAUCAAUUCACUGCUAUGUUCAAGAGAAAAGCGUUCUUACAUUGGUAUACUAGUGAAGGUAUGGAUGAAAUGGAAUUCACUGAGGCUGAAUCUAAUAUGAAUGAUUUGGUGAACGAAUAUCAACAAUAUCAAGAUGCUACCGUUGAAGAAGAUGGUGAUGUUGAAUACGAACAAGAAGAACAACCAAUCCCUGAAAACUUUGAAUGA